CAACUCGAAUCUCUGGCCGAACGUACUGUUCCUGAAGGCCAACACUUCGCACCAUUACAAUAGCAGCGCUAGCGUCCUGAGCGAGCUAGAUUCGGUGCCAUGUUGAAGCAGCCAGCCGCCAAGAGAUGUAGAAGGCGCCCAGGAAGCACGGCUAUGCUGCUAGUCAUCACUUCGUCCGCCAACAACUCCUACAUUCUCGCCAUCCUUAACUUUCGUAAGGCUCCCCUCCUUCGCUCGCAGUCCCAUGGAACUCCUCUCUGUUAUCAGCCUCCCCCAACGGCGGACACCGUUUGCUUAUCUCCAAUUCGGCCGAUCUAUUGAGAGACGGCAGAAGAAAACUCAGCAAUCACCUCUGCUAUCUCCCGACUGUAAUCAAUCGUCACAAUACCUGACACGGACGGUGGAAAAAGCCCAAGCAACGCGUAGAUCCUGUCAUGUGGAAGCGAGCAACUGGCACGAGCUGCCACUUGCUCAGGAAGCACAACCUCACCUCACCUCUCCAGCUUAGCUCGGUUUAAUCUUGUCCUUUGCUCAUUCGCCGG